UAUUUUGAGGACAUCCAAGAGUUGGCCAUUCUGUUGGGAGAAAUGUUCUGGGUAUCAUUUCCAGCAUUCUACACCAAGUAUGAAGCUGCCUUUCUCGCUGGCUGUUGGAUGGUAACUGAUCCAGGGCCCCUCCUUGGAAGAGUCCUGGUGUGGAAACUACAAGUCAUGCCCCAUCAGGACGGCUUAGAUGCGGGUCCAUCUAUCAUCUUCAACAUGGGUAAAUUUACAGGUGGAGAAUGUUACAUCACCGAUCUCAAGCUCAAACUCAAAUACUGUCCUGGGGAUGUUAUAAUCCUCAUGGGCGGAGCCCUCUACCAUGGGAUAGGACUGUGGAAGCCACUCCCUGGUAUUACUGAAGACGGCAUUACACCAGGACGAGUAUCUAAUGUUUGGUUCUUCCCUCACUCCUCAUUCCAAGUCUUGGAAAACAAAGAGCCUGGUUUGGCGCUCAAG